AGUUGUCAGUGUAAAGUGACCGAACAUGGCGUCAACACGCAAAAAGCAGGAUGAAAAGAACUUGAAAACUUUACGCGAUUUAGUGUCGCUACCUCAUAACAAGUACUGUUUCGAUUGUAACCAACGCGGACCUACAUAUGUGAACGUUACGAUAGGUUCUUUCGUCUGUACAAAAUGUUCCGGAAUACUACGUGGAUUGACGCCCCCGCAUCGUGUAAAAUCGAUUUCAAUGGCAACGUUCACUCCAGAAGAAAUAGAAUUAAUGCAACAAAAAGGUAACGAAUAUUGUAGACGCACGUGGUUGGGUUUGUAUGAGGGACAACCGUUGACGGAAGGUGCCCCUAGAGAUGAACAGCACGUGCACGACCUUAUGGUAGAAAAAUAUGAGAGGAGGAGAUAUUAUGUGGAGCCAGCCACGGCUGCUACGUUAGCAAACGGCGGUGGCUCUUCACAACGCGUAAAACCGUCGACUCUCAACAGUAGUAGUAGUAGUUUUGUUUCGGAAUCGAAGCCGAUCAGGUUAAACGGAAUGGUUGCCGAGAAGAACGAAAAGAAUUUGUUGCCGAGGCCGAACGGUAUCUCGAGGCCGAUCGUUAAUGGAAAUGGGGUAAAUAAUAAUAAUGGGUUUGUUGGAAUUGUUGCAUUGGGAAAACAAGAACAGUUUGUUGCAAAUUUCGAUCAAGCCGACAUCUUCAAUGCUACUAAUAAUAAUGUUAUUAGUAACGGUAAAAGAUUUUUAGAAGAUCAACAACAUUAUCAACAACAGCAACCACAACAACCAUCAUUUGCGAAUUUUGAAAAUAAUCCAGUCUUUAAUACUCCAGCAAGUAUGCCAGAGUUACCUGCAAGAAACCCACAAAAAUCCAAUUCUUUAUUACCACCCGCUCCUCCAGAAGAUCGAUAUUUACCAUUAAAAGAUUUAGAUAACGCAUUGAAAAAUCAAGCGACCAUUGAUUGGAAUUCCGGAAGUUCUAAUGGUUCCGGUUAUAAUUCAUCGACUCCAUCAGGUUCCGUUUACAGCUCAUCAUCCCCUCAAUCAAUGUACGGAUCUCCUAGUCAAAGUCAAUUUUCAAACAUGUUCCCUCAAGAACAACCGCAAGCUCCAAUAUCAAAUCCAUUCAACACAAACAGUCAAAAAGGGGGAAAUGUUUGGGGAUCAUCUAAUGGAUUUACAAACGGAACGAAUGCUAAUCCAUUUCGUGGGACACCAACGGUGGAUCCUUUUUUAGAUCCAUUUAAGGGAAAUGGAUUUAGUCAAGGUUUUCAAGCAUUUUCUGCUCCGUUUAAUGGACAAGCUUGGACACCAAAUCCAUUUAAAGUUGCUACAAAUGGGCAUUCGAAUAAUCCAUUUUUAUGAGUACUUGAAUGAUGAUAGCAAAAGAAAA